AUGGCCAAACCCGGGUCAUCCUCUCCUGGUGAUAUUCAAAAUGAGAAGUCUCCACCAAACGUGCCGGAAACGUCGAAACGAAAGCCCAGUCGGAGCAAGAAGACCAUCAAUGGUCUGCCCUCACGCGAUGCUACGAUGACAAGAGCUCACAUUCAAGUAGAUUCCGAGAAUGCUGGUCAGCCUAGCAGCUCAUCCGGCAAACGUUCAAAGAAGACAUCUACAAGAAAAAUGGAAGAUACAACGUUGAAGGAAAAUCUCGAAACGCCUAAGCAACCGUCGAAAGCCCCGCCUGAACCCGUCAAAGCCGAGUCUACGAGUGAGGAAGAUAUGUCUGCACAUCACCAGCCUCAUGAAGAGGAGGAUGACGACGGUCUACCGGACCCAUUUCGGUCAAGUCUUCUAGGUCCUGGACGGCCCCAUGUGAGCAUGUCCGAAACCUUGCGGCAAUUGAGUGGCUACGUUUCAGGUGUAUCGCAGAAACUACGAAAUAUACUUGAAAAUCUGAGGCAGAAAAGUGAUCCUUCGGUGCAACUCAUCGCAUUACAAGAGCUUUCCGAGCUGCUCUUGAUUUCUAACGAAGACAGUCUAUCUGGUCACUUCUCGCCAGAUCAAUUCGCGAAGGAACUCAUUUCACUGAUGCAACCAAGUGAUUUUGGAGAAGAGAAUCCCGAGAUGAUGCUUCUAGCUUGUCGGUGCAUAGCCAACAUGAUGGAAGCACUACCAGCCUCGACGGCUGUCGUAGUAUACAGUGGUGCUGUGCCAAUCUUAUGCGCUAAGCUUCUCGAGAUCGAUUUCAUCGAUCUGGCAGAACAAGCUCUGAGUACGCUGGAGAAGAUCUCGAUAGAAUUUCCUUCUUCGAUUGUCCGUGAAGGUGGACUCAGUGCUUGUCUGAAUUUCCUCGAUUUUUUUGCAACAAGUACACAGCGAACAGCUGUUACCACUGCCGCCAACUGUUGCAAAAAUAUCCCUCAAGACACGUUCUCGGUCAUCAGUGAUGUUAUGCCAACUCUGCUUAAUGUCCUCUCCAAUAGCGAUCAGAAAGUGGUUGAGCAAGGCUCAAUAUGCGUAUCAAGGAUUGUCGAGAGUUUCAAGUAUGAGAAUGAAAAGCUCGAAAGUCUUGUCAGCGUGGAUCUCCUGAAGGCUGUCCGGCGUCUUCUUCAGCCAGGAACGACGAAUUUAAUAGGUCCCAACAUUCAUACGCAAUUUCUCCGUGUGCUGUCGAUCACAGCUCGCGCUAGUCCUAACCGCUCCGCUGAACUUUUGAAGAUGGGCAUCGUCGAAACCUUGUAUCAAAUCCUGACCGGAGUCUCACCACCUAAUAGUCUUGACAACGCGGCUUCAGAAAUUGACAGCGUCUUCAUCAUGCAAGCAUUGAUUCACCGCCCACGAGAACAGAUCACAGAGACUUUGAAUGUCAUCUGUGAACUUCUUCCACCCGUUCAGCUGGAGAGUCUGUCAUUCAGUGAUACACUACCAGAUGCUUUCCUCCUUGAUGAUGAUAUCAUACCAUAUUCAGGCUCUACUGUAAAGAACAAAGAGAACCAGGACCGGUUGAAGCAGCUAGAUCGCUGUAAGGAAGAACUCAAACGCUUUGCCAUUAUAAUGUUUCCCACACUCACAGACGCAUUCUCAAGCACCGUUAACCUUGGAGUACGCCAGAAAGUCUUGGUUGCCCACCUUAAAAUGCUUUCGAACCUGGAUGUCAGCAUUUUGGAAGAGGCUCUGCGUAUCGUGCCUUACGCAUCUUUUUUGGCAUCAAUACUUUCUCAGAAAGACCAUCCCUCUUUAGUUGGUGCUGCGCUAAAGGCGGCGGACGUACUUCUGAACCGUUUGCUCAUGGUCUAUGGGUACCAAUUCUAUCGUGAGGGUGUCAUGGCAGAGAUAUCGAAGCUUGCUAGUGAAGAAAUUGCUAUGCCAGAGCUCAAAAUGCCCAACGCCAUCAAUGGACGUGACACGAAGGAGGUCAAGAAAGAACCUCUCGCUGAGACAGAGACGGUUAGCCGUGAUAAUGGUGGCACAGAGACUGAUGAGCUGCGUAACAACCGCGAUACUGAUCUGCCAAUCGAGGUGGAUGAAGAUGAUGACCAGGAUGAUGAUGAAGACGAGGCGAGGGAAAUUCCAGAUGACGUUUCACCCUCGCCCUCCGAUUCCUCGUCAGAGCAGGAUUACUUUGCUCCGUCGGCUUCCGAAUAUGAUCUUAAUGUUUUGUCUGCUCGAAAGUUUCUUGAGGUCCAUGAGUCUUCGAAAGCCAAGACCAUGAAAGAGAGAGCAGCCAAGAUUCUUAAGCAGCUCCAAUCUCUUGCGAAAUCGAUCUCACGUCAUUAUCUGGUUGAUGGUCACGGAGAUGGUCCUAAACUUUUUAAGCAGCUUUCUGAGAGCUUUCAAGGGGACGCACUCAGUACUGUGACGAGUGCAGAGCUUCUCCAAUCUGAUGUCGUGGACACGCUGCUAGAUAUCUUCGGUAACCCUGAAGAUCAAAUUCGAAUCAGAGCGAGGUACGAUUUUGUGCAGACCUUCAUGGUUGCACCGUCCCGUUCGUCCAAAGCGCCAUCGACCGCCUCACCAUUCUCUGUCUUCAUCCAUAAACUCCAAGAUCUCUUAAGCCGGGCAGAACAUUUCGAAGUGAUCACAAUACAUCAGAACGCUUUUGACAACAAUCGCAGUAGCCCGUACUCUAUGCUAUCAAAGCAAUUGAGAUUGAGGCUUGCAGGUGACGACGAAGCGGAAGUUUCCCGGUCUUACAGCAGCCUCACAAUAUCAGUACAUGCAAUUGCGACUUUCAAAUCUUUGGAUGACUACCUUCGACCUCGUAUCAGUCUUGCCGAGCGUCCGAGAAGCUCACGGCACCGAGAAGGCGUCUCGAACGCCCUUGCAGCUGUUGCUGCUGCUGCAGGUUAUCCUGCGCCUCACCCGAGGUUCACCAAUCGCUUAGAAGAGCCCAGCGACCCGUCAGCGCAAUCUUCGCCUGCCGACGGUCCAUCUGUAAAUCGGAGUACUCGCAAGAGCGCAAAGUCGAAGAAAGGAGAUCACGCUUCCGAACCAGCGUCAGAAACUAGCAAGACCAACCCCGCACGGCGUUCAUCUCGGAAAAAACCAGUCAGUGCCCCGGAAACCUUUGAAAACCCAUUGCCUCCACCUGAGCGAGUUCAAACGCCUCUUGAGUGCGCUGAUGAGCAUCAGCUCACGGAGGACGAGGAGGACCCAGAAAAUAGUAGUGCUCUGGAUGCAAUAGUCGAUGAUCUUGAAGAGAGCAUGGACGCUGAACAGGGCCCGGAACCCACAGCAAUCAACAUGGAAGUUGCGUCUACGGGAAAGGUGACCGCUAGGAAGGACGAUGGCACCAGAGUAGCCACGCCAUCCCACAACCCAUCAACGCCGCAUCCUGCACCACCCCACCGGACCCCAGUAUCAUUUGCUCGCGAUCUUAGCCCCAAUAUCAGUCUCUCGGCGGCACGUAGAGCCAUGUCAUAUGCAGCCGCAAUUCAAUCAACACCACAAGAUUGGCAUAUUGAAUUUAGCAUAGAUGGAAGGCCUGUGCCUCAUGACAUGACCAUAUAUAGGGCUGUCCAUUACGAUGACCUGCAACCAAACUCUACUUCUUCUCGCAACAUCUGGUCUGCCGUCCACACGGUCAAGUUCAAGAAAGUACAGGGUCCUCCACCCGCGGAAGCUUCUUUGUCACGGUCAUCUUCAACUCUAGUCAAAGGAGACGCGAAUUCAUCGCUGCCGUUAUCGCUUCAUGAACACCCGCAGACCUCUAAGAUUUUACGACUCUUGAACAUUUUUCAUGAAAUGAAUGCCAACCUAGAAGAUGUUCUAGAUGAAAACGUUGAGGAAGGACUAAUCAAAGCGGAAGCACUUUCACAAUUUGUCAACACGAAGCUUACUGCUAAAUUGAAUCGCCAACUUGAGGAGCCACUGAUCGUUGCAAGUAGCUGUCUUCCAAGCUGGAGCGAAGAUCUAGCUUGUCUAUACCCGUUCCUAUUCCCUUUUGAGACGAGACAUUUAUUCUUACAAUCAACUUCGUUCGGAUACUCACGAUCCAUGGCUAGAUGGCAAAAUCAGUCGACUGAAGAAUCUCGACGCGACCGACACCGCGAUGACAGGCCCUUCAUGGGAAAAUUACAACGGCAAAAGGUUCGCAUCCAACGAUCUCGCAUCCUUGAAUCCGCUUGCAAGGUCAUGGAAAUGUACGGUGGCUCUUCAAGCAUCUUGGAAAUUGAGUAUUUUGACGAGGUUGGAACUGGCCUUGGGCCGACCCUCGAAUUUUAUUCUACUGUCUCUAAGGAAUUCUCGAAGAAGAAGACUAAGCUGUGGAGGACGAGUGACGUCAACGAGCAAGAAGAGUAUGCAUUCUCGAACAACGGCAUGUUUCCAGCUCCUAUGACGGAUUCAACUGCUCAGAGUGAAAGUGGUAAGAAGAUGCUUUACUACUUUAAGAUGCUGGGCAAGUUUGUUGCGCGAUCAAUGCUCGACUCAAGAAUUAUUGACGUCUCACUUAAUCCAAUACUGUUCCGCGUAGGAGGUCAAUCAGACACAGUACCAUUGUCGCUGGGUGCAGUAAAGCACGUCGACAGCCACCUUGCGAAUUCGCUUUGGCUCUUGAAGCAAUAUGUCAAUACCAAGAAGCAGAUCGACAGCAACCCUCGAUUGACGGCAACUCAAAAAAACCGAGAGAGUCACAGAGUCACCAUCAAUGAUGCUUCUAUAGAAGAUCUUAGCCUUGAUUUCACUUUACCAGGGUAUCCCAACAUAGAUCUUGUUGAAAACGGCUCUAGCACACCUGUCACUAUUGACAAUGUUGCUAUGUACAUAGAAAAAGUGGUUGACAUGACGCUUGGUAUCGGUGUACAGCGUCAGAUCGAGCAGUUCCGGUCCGGCUUCUCUGAGGUCUUUUCCUAUUCGGCAUUGAAGGCUUUCACACCAUCAGAGCUUGUAAUGUUGUUUGGCAGGAUUGAGGAAGAUUGGAGCAUCGAAACCCUCUGUGACUCUAUUAAGGCAGAUCAUGGAUACAAUAUGGACAGCAAGAGUGUCCGCAACCUACUUCAGGUGAUGAGCGAACUCUCACCUCAACAACGGCGAGAUUUCCUACAAUUUGUCACUGGAAGCCCAAAGCUUCCUAUUGGAGGGUUUAAGAGCUUGAAUCCCAUGUUCACUGUGGUGUGCAAGCCCAGUGAAGCACCGUACACAUCCGAUGACUUCUUGUUAUCCGUGAUGACGUGUGCAAAUUAUGUGAAAUUACCGGACUACACCAACCUCGACGUUCUUCGGAAGAGGCUGCUUACUGCCAUAACGGAAGGUCAGGGGGCCUUCCACUUGUCAUAA